AUGCCAGGAUACCAAUACACCGGCCAAGCGGUAAACUACAAGCUAAUCGCGGAUAUAGUACAGCUCCUGGAAGAGAAUGAUAUACCAUGCCUCCUAAUCGGCGAUUACAUGUUUGAAGCCAUGGGAGGGCCUGGACUCCGCGGCAACAUCGAACUCAUUCUCGAACGCCACGACAUCAACAAAGCAAUCCGCAUCCUCCGCAAAGCCAACUUCCCGGACGACCAACCCAUCUACUACAAGCAUCUUCUCUGUCCCUCUCCCCUCAUGGGACAAACGACCUGUUCGGCCAACGAAACCCCCUUCAUCCCCUACCAUUCGUUUCACCUAAACGGCAGGUUCUGGGGAGAGCCAUACACAGGAUUUCAUACCGACCUCUGUCUAUACGAGAAGCAAGAUCUCUUCUGGGACCUGCCUGAGCUCUCACUGGGAGAGUUGUCCGAAGAUGAUACCGAUUUCAUUCUGGCCAGUGAUCAUCGUCUCCCUCCCCAGGAGAACUGGCAGUAUUGGGGCCGGUUUCCUGAUACGCUGUACCCGGUUAAGAUACCCAUGCCGGUGCGGUAUGUCGAAGCGAUGAUGCUUCUCACGGCCCGGGACUGGGAAAUCAAGGGACAUGGGUGGUCUUGGCGGGAUGAGAUUAUGUACAUGUGGAAGUACGUAGUUGGUGUACUAGAGGAGUUCUUUGAGGUGGAGAUGUUCAAGCCGAUGUUCAGGGCCUGGUGGGCGGUUUUGGAGAACUCGGAGUCGAUGUCGGGUGGGGAGGUGCUGUGUGUGCAUAAUUUGAGGAGGGAGCUGGUAGCUACGGGUGUGAUGCCUGAGACGCCGUUUACUUGGUUGAAGAUGUAUGGUUGA